AUGCGGGGCCCCAAACGCUGCUGCUCUGCCGCGUGUUUCUGCGGAGUGAACUCGUGCGGCUCGGCGCACUGGCGGGUUGGCGGUUGGGCCGACUGCGGGGACUGUGGCGGCUGCGGCAGCCCGUGCCCAGGCCCUGCAGAUUUGUUGCGGCGCUCGGCGGCGGAUGCAUGCGGGCCGCUCGGGGCACGUGUUUGUUUUUUUGCCCCGCACGUUUGCUUGUUGCGUUGCCCGCCACGCGGCGGCGGUGCUGGCGCCCCGCACGAAGAGGAGCCCGCAGCUCCCGCGGGCACCGUCACCCGCACCUUCGCGUGGCGCCGGGGCACUUGGCUGCUCAACCGUCGCUGUGGGCUUCUCGUGCGGGCGCCGGACCGUCGCCUCCACCGCCCCCGCAUGCGCGGCUUGUGCUGCCUCCCACUGCCGCGCCCGAACCCAUCGCCACCGUCGUUGCUUUUUUCUAUCCACGCGUAUCUUCGCACACACAGCCGCAACCGACGUGCAUGCGAUGCGCCUGUGGUGCCGUGCAGGUGGAUGGCGUUUUCGCAGCCCGUGCUGGCAGUGCCGUGUGCGGCUGCUGCUGCGGUUUCCUCGCGGGACGUGAAGGGAAGGGAAGGAAACCGCACAGCAUGA